UAAUGGCAAUUUGAACAAACAGCAUGCUGAUGCACAGAUUGUUAUAUUUGUGUACAACAUACAUAACGUAGUGUGAAAUCCAAUUCCAGAAUUAUGCUUUGUUAUACCGAAACAAGUUAACAUUUGUAAAUCAGCUUUAAGUUAGAGUUUCUGGUUGAUGUAUAAAUCCUAGCCUCUUUGGAUACAUAAAAGAUAAUUCCAAAUUUGAUACCAUGUUAAGUCUGCUUAUUUGCUUGCACAUGUGGAGCAAUAAAUCUGUAAUACAGGUUGCAUGUGCAGACACAACUUGUUUACAUUUUUCAGUAAAGUGAAAGAAAACCAUUUUGUUUAUAAUUUUUAUAUACAAUUGUAGACUUUGUUUUUAUCAUUACUUGCUGUUUUAAAUAUUCUCCCAAUUUUUAUGUAUAGUGUGACAAAAUCUGGACACCAGUCUAUUGGAAGUCUGCUACUUGUAAAGAAUUUAGAAAAGACACAGAACAUGCAAAGAAUAACAGCACAUUAUGAUUUGAUGAUAUUUUUCAGGUGUUCAUUGCUAUUAAUUGGCAAUUUACAUAAAUUAAUAGAUCAAGGCUAUAUGAAUAUCCCAUACAGGAAUCAAGUAACUUGCUUUCUCCCACCAUAUCAAGUAUAUUUUAGAUAUUUACAAAAUAAAAUAUUUCUGUAAUUCAAAAAACAUAAUGCAGGCAGACUUACAGUUUUAUAGAAUAGAUCUAUAUCAGAUGAAAUAUAAUACAGAAAGAGCCAUAAGGUGAACUAUUAAUGUUCCAAUCACUUUUGGAACAGAAUACUGGAUUAAAUAGAUAUUUAAUCUAAAUGAAGAUAAUUCCUUUUAAAUGUAAUCUCUAGUUUAAUAUAUCUUCCUUUAUCUAAACUAUUUACCCUUUUCUCGCGAUUCGUACAUAUUCUUAAAAUAAAAUUACCCUUUAAAAUAAAAUUUAUUUUAUUUAUUUAUUUUAUUUGAUUUUUAUACCGCCCUUCUCCCGAAGGACUCAGGGCGGUGUACAGGCAUAAUAAAAAACCGACAAUACAAUAUACAGAUUUAAAAUACGAUUUAAAAAACUUAUUUAAAUUAGCCCAGUGAUUAAAAUUUACCAUACUAAAACCCCGUUUAAAAUUAAUAAAUUUAAGAUUAAAAUCCCGAUUUAAGCCAGCCCCGCGCGGAUAAAAAGGUGAGUCUUGAGUUCGCGACGAAAUAGGCAUAGCCUCAAAUUCAGUUCUCAGGGAAGUUUAUCUGGAAUUAGGGUAGUUUGUGGUAACUUCUUUGUCAAGGUACUUAAUUCCUCUGCAGAGGAAAAUCAAGCAAAUAACAAGGGUUCACAGUUAUAUAUUUCCACAGGGGCGAGUAUAGCAAAGAAAUGUUAUUUUGCUUCCUUAGUACAUGUUCAGUAUUUGUCCAGUGCAGUUUUUGUUGUCAUCCAUUCUGGAAAACAGAGAGAAAAUUCUGCAACUCUCAAGUGCUUUCUGCAAAAAAUGUGCAUGAAAGAUAACUUUUAUAUGGAAGGAAAACUCACUAGUUCCAUAAGUUUAUAAUUACCACUAAUUAUCAAUUUUAAUAUUCCUCUUUUGGGCAGGUUGAUUGAACUUAUAUUUGUGAUUCAUCUACUGUAUAAAUAUUUUUCAAGAUUAAUAUUAGUAUUUGCUUUAUUUUAUAAAUUUCUGUUGUAAUCCAUUUGCUUUGGGAUUUGCAUAAAUCAGAAAUAGUUUUUCAAUAUUUUUAAUACAUGAAAAGUAUUGGGUAUACAGUGGGAAAUAGCACUUAGAUUUAGAUAUAGUUAACAUCUGUAUAUGUUAACUUAGUGCCCCAUAGUACUGUUGUAUGUAAAGGGAACAGGAAGUAAGAUCAAGGUUGUCAAUCAUUUUAAUUAGGAGAUCUGCUUGAGGCCUGCAAAUAGCUAAGAAUUUAUUUUCCAUAUGUAUGCAAGGACUCGUGCAAAAUCCCUGAAAGCUUGUGCAAUUGCUUAAUUAUUGUUUCAUUGGUGGCAUUUAGGGAUGCUGGGUACUAUGGUGGCCAGAGGCAUUACAUUGCUUAUUUAUGGACUAGGAAAACUGCAUAACACUGAACAGCGUAAAAAUAUAUGAACCUGUGUUGGUGUGUUCAGGAGUUGUGUCUAGAAUAUUUUUUGUAUUUAAGAAUAGUACAUAUGGCCUUCGUUUAUUUAAACUUCAUUGAACACAGGAAAAUUUGGUCUAGCUAUUUAACAUCUUAAAUUCCUGAUUAUGCUCUGAAUUUUCCUAUUGCACCCUCCAGGUGAAGUGGAAUUAUUCCAUUCAAAAAUACAUAGUGGCAAGUAAAACACUUGAUCAGAUAUAACGUUUUCAUGGGGGAAUGCUCAAAUCCAGGUAUUGUGGAUCUUAGGUAGAAAGGGCAUAAGAGUGAAAAUCUCAAGAAGCAAUCUGGCAGGCAAAUAUUGGUUUCAGUGAAAGAGUGAGAUUACCUCCAUACUAUACAUCAGUAAAUCAUCUUCAUCUGUUAAUCUUCGGGUAGAAUAUCCAAUUAUGAUCAGCUGCUGAUCAUGAUAAUAAUUGGUAGCUCUCCAGUGCAGACAGUAUCAUAAUCAUCUUUAUGGUGGCUUUAUGGUAUCUAUCACUUUUGAUUUUUCUUUUUUUUUAAAUUACAUGGUUAACUUCUUCCUGAUGUAUGAAUGUCAAGCUAGAUUGUGCUGUAAGUAACAUCAUUGAUGAACUGUACAUUCAGAUAAUGGUUAUAGUACUUCAUCUGAAUUUGUACCUUGCUCACACCAAGCCUUACCAUAACACUUUUUAGUGGUGUUAUGCAAAUAUAUUUAAUAUUUAUUCAUUUAUUGAAUGUAUAUGUUGCCUGACUUUGGGCAGUUUUCAAAAUGGGUGGGGGGAGGAGCAACAUAACAUAAACCAAAGCAAAAAUGGCAGAGAUAACUAACCCAGAUGGGAAUAAAAGAAAAAGAAGAAAAGGGGGCUGUAAUAAUUGUUAACACUUUGUAAUGCAUCUAGAUCAGGGAUGUCAAACUGGUGGCCCACGGGCUAGAUGCGUCACGCACAGGCCAUCCCAACCCAGCUCUGUGAAUGGGAAAAACGGCAAUGUGACGCUCUUUACUCACUGAAUGAUUACAAGCCUCCUAUUUCAAAGGCUAAAAUGACACAGAUUACUAAGGCAGCAAUCAAGGCCAUAAAGUUCUACAAACAUGUUGUACAGAGUGUUGAGAAAUUCAUUCAAAAGUGUAAACCAGAAUACAAGGUGCCUGGAUUAUAUGUCAUUGACUCAAUUGUACGGCAGUCUCGGCAUCAGUUUGGACAAGAAAAGGAUGUCUUUGCUCCUCGGUUUAGCAAUAACAUCAUUAGCACUUUCCAGAAUUUAUAUCGUUGCCCUGGGGAUGAUAAGAGUAAAAUUGUUAGAGUGCUCAAUUUGUGGCAGAAGAACAAUGUGUUCAAAAGUGAAAUUAUCCAGCCUCUAUUGGAUAUGGCAGCAGGAAUUCCUCCUCCAGUUGUGACUCCUGUUUUGCCAGGAACAACUGCAACUUUGAGUAACAAUACACCAGGAACUCCAGUAACUCCUGCUACUCCAGCCAAUAUAAUCCAAAGUUUACCUGAUCCAUGGGUAUCUCAGAUAACUAAUACAGAUACACUUGCUGCUGUAGCACAGAUCCUGCAAAGUCCACAAGGCCAACAGCUUCAGCAGUUAAUACAGACGUUGCAGAUGCAACAACAAAAACCACAACCAUCAUUGCUUCAAGCACUGGAUGCUGGUCUUGUUGUUCAACUACAGGCUCUCACUGCUCAACUUACGGCCGCUGCUGCCGCUGCCAAUACACUCAAUCCACUAGAACAGAGUGUCUCUUUUAACAAGAAGCUGAUAGAUAGGUUUGGCGAUUUUGGAGAAGAAGCUGAUUUGAAUGAAGAGUCCAAAAAGGAAACCCCAACUUCUCAAUUGCCCCUUGUAUCUGAAUCCGUGAACAACUCACUUUUUCAUCAGCUAGCUGAACAACUACAGCAACAAAAUUUAGAACAUCUUCGGCAACAGCUUCUAGAUCAGCAGCCACCAAAGGUAAGCCCUGAGGAAACUCAAGAAGACAAUUUUGGUUCUGAGCAUUCAGCAUCACCUUCACAAGAUAGCAGUCACCAACAGUUUUUAGAAGUGGAAACAAAGCUUGACAAUUCAAUGGAUGUUCAACAGCAGGACAUGGAUAUAGAUGAAGCCCAGGAGAUUAUAGAACAAGAAGUCUUUGAGCAAGAAGAAAAGAAACCAGCAGUUCUUUCAAGAUCACGAACACGUUCAAGAUCACGUUCAAGGUCACCAAGAAAAAGAAGGUCAAGAUCACGGUCUGGUUCUCGAAAGCGUAAACACAGAAAGCGUUCACGUUCUAGAUCAAGAGAAAGAAAGAGGAAGUCAUCAAGGUCAUACUCAAGUGAAAGAAGAGCUAGAGAAAGGGAAAAAGAAAGACAGAAAAAAGGGUUACCUCCUGUCCGAUCAAAAACACUAAGUGUCUGCAGUACCACGCUUUGGGUUGGUCAAGUGGACAAGAAAGCCACACAGCAAGAUUUAACCAAUUUAUUUGAAGAAUUUGGACAAAUAGAAUCUAUAAAUAUGAUCCCUCCCAGAGGUUGUGCAUAUGUCUGUAUGGUUCAUAGGCAAGAUGCUUAUCGUGCUCUUCAGAAACUAAGCUCUGGAUCCUACAAAAUUGGAUCUAAAAUUAUUAAGAUUGCAUGGGCUUUAAACAAAGGGGUGAAAACUGAAUACAAACAGUUUUGGGAUGUGGAUCUUGGAGUAUCAUAUAUACCCUGGGAAAAAGUUAAGCUGGAUGAUUUAGAUGGCUUUGCAGAAGGAGGCAUGAUUGACCAGGAAACAGUAAAUAGUGACUGGGAAACUACAAGGACUUCAGAGACUGUAAAAGAGAAUGUGCAGAUAACCCAGAGUGCAACUGUGGAGAAAACCACAGUUGUCACAACACAGACAGAAACUUACACACAGUCUGUCGCUAUGUUACAGAUUCCUGUAGCUCCAACUGUGCCAGCUGUUAAUUUAGUUCCACCUGCGUUUCCUGUUACAAUGUCUGUCCCUCCACCUGGUUACAGUGGAAUUCCUCCGCCACCAUUCUUGAGAGCAAGCUUUAAUCCUUCACAACCGCCUCCUGGUUUCAUGCCUCCACCUGUUCCACCACCUGUUCCGCCACCAGUAGUUCCAGCAUCUCUUGUACAGUCGUCGAUGACUAUUGCUCAAGAAUCAAUGAAAGAUUUUAGCAGCCUUGUUCUACCAGGUGGUACUGUUUCUAGUAGUCUUACGACACCAACAUUAUCUGCCGGAAGUGUCUUUUCUUCUCUUUCAAAGAACAGUUCAGAAUUAGAUGAAAAAGGAUCUCUUCGUGCUGAUCUUCAGACCUCUUCUACCGAAAAGAGAACUGUUCAAGAUGACGUUUCAAGCAGUUCUGGACUUACCGAGGGAAUACAGCCACCUGGUAUCACAACCAGUUCUGGGCAUGUAGGGGGAAUCCAGCCACCCCAUGUCUCAAGUAGUGCUGGACUUGUGCAGCCAGUCAAUGUUUCAAGCAGCUCUGGGCUUUUGACAAGAGUUCAACCACCCACUGCUUCAAAUAGUUCCGGUCUUAUAACAGGUGUUCAGGCUCCAAGUGUCUCAAGUAGCUCUGGGCUUUUGACAGGACUUCAGCCCAUAAAUGUUUCAAGCAGCUCCAACCUUUUAAUGGGAAUCCAACCACCCAUAGUCUCAAAUAAUACUGGACGUUUGUCAGGAAUCCAGCCACCCAUUGUAUCAAGUAGUUCUGGGCUUUUGACAGCACUCCAGCCACCCAUUGUAUCAAACAGUUCUGCAAUUUUAGGAUUGCCACCACCAAUAGUUUCAAGUAGUUCUGGACUGUUAGGAUUACCACCACCAAAUAUUUCAGGUGGUUCUGGACUAUUAGGACUACAACCACCCACUGGAAUGCAAAAUUUGUCCCAUUUAACUCUUGCUAGUCAACGGUUGCCUGGAAUUCCUCUAGUAGAAAUCCGAUCGGGAUUAAUACCACAACCACCUGGUCCUAGGUUUCCACUACUGCAACCUGGGAUGCCACCACAACGUACAAUUCCUCCUCCAGCUAUACUUGAUCCAUCCCUUCCUCCACCUAGAGUUCCUUUCCUUCCAGGAGAUAUUUUUACUCAAACAGAGAGGUCAUUUGCAACUUCCAGUAGGCAAAAUAUGGAUAUUUCUAACCCAGAUAAAAGAUUGCCUGUUGGGGAAGAUAGCAUUCAACAAGAAGGAGAUAGAGACUAUCGAUUCCCUCCAGUGGAAAGUAGAGAUCGAACAUCUUCAGUAGAUAUAAGGGAUUCUAUUGGAAGGCCACCACUAGAUCCAAGAGAAGGUCUAGGUCGACCUCCUAUAGAUGGAAGAGAACAUCUUAUGAGGCCACAUAUAGAUUUACGGGAGAACUUUGGAAGGCCAGGUAUGGAUAAUCUAAGAAGAGAGCAUUUUGCUUUCAACUCAGAAAAACACUGGGGUCAAAGAGGAGAUUAUGAUGAAAGAGAACAUCAGGCCUUUCCUGUAUAUGGUGGUCUCAAGGGGUUCCAGGAUUUUCGAGAGAGAUAUCGGCAAACAAACUACAGAUUUGAAACUCGAAGUGGUCCUAUCUGGAACAGAGGACUUGAACAAGAUGCUCACAGAGACUUUGAUGACCGUCGUAGACCAUGGGAAAGACAAAGGGACAGGGAUGAUAGAGAUUUUAAUUUUGGUAGAGAAAUUAAUGGAAACAGAUUUGGGAGAGAAAGAACACAGAACAACUGGCUACACCCUCCACAUCUAAGAGCGUUUGAAUAUUUUGAAGGUGGUGCUUCUCAACAAAAAGUUGAUAGUGUACCCCAAGUUAAUGGUGAAAACACAGAGACAGAGAAUCAGCCAUCUGCUGUGCAAGUGCAAGAUGAAUUGGAACUUUAUGAAAAGUUGGCGACUUCAAAUGAGACAAAAAAAGAGAAGAGUGACACAGAAGCUGAAUUAGAAAAUGAACCAGUGGUAGAAAGCACAGAAACUGAGGGGACAUAAUCAUCACUCAGUAGGUAAAAAGAUACCUUUUGUAAAGUUGUCAUCUCUCUCUGUAAUAGAUGAAUGGCUGACUGGACCUUAGUAGUUCAUUUUUUUCCUUCCAGAAUUAAGUUAAUCUAAUAUUCAUGUUCAUCUUUCACUUAAAUAGUUGUACAACUGACCUGUAUAGAAUAUUGUUUUUAAUUUGAAUAUGGUAGGUAAAGUUUGUCUUUCUUUUCUUUUUUCUUUUUUCCCCCCUGGCAAAUUGCAAACUUUCCCCACUUGCUUUUACUUCUGAAGGAUAAAUUACAGCUUGUCAAACAAAGAAAAAGACUUCCUAUGGAAGAAUUUGAUUUUUUUAGAUGCUAUUAGGUUGGCCAUAGAAAUUGUUAUACUUGAAAACAGGCACUGGUAUAUCUUAUCCAGAUUUCUAGGCUGCUGCAAAUUUUUAAAACGUAGGCAGAGCUGUGAUACUAAAUGUUCGCUCAGUUUGGCCCAGAAAAGGAGCAUAAAUAAUACAGAGAUGGUGUGUUUUUGAAAUUUCUGCAUUAUAGUCUCUGUUUCUCAAAAAAGUGUCCAUGAUCUGUCCUCCUCGUACUGCAAUGAAUUAAAAAAUAACAUACGUUUUAAAUGUUUUUUUAGAUGCCAAUAAAACAUUAUUUGUUUGAUAAGCAUUCUAGGUAUUGUAUUUUUUAUAUACAAUCUAUAACAUUCUGGUUGAAUUGUGCUUUAAUUAAUUGUUGCAAAAGGUUUAUAAUGCUCUUGUAAAACUAGUGCAACAAUUAUGUAUGCUACAAAAGCAUAUGCCUUUCUACUAAAAAAAUCAUGGAAUCACAUUAGUUUGUGUAUAAUAUAUGUAUGUAAAUAUUUGUGUAAAACUGUAUGUAGAUACCACUGUUUCUGUGUGUGAUGGUGCAUGCGCACGCACUCACAGAAUAAUGUAGACAGUUAAAUAAAAUGAAAUGAAUUAGGUUAUGCAAUUUCAUAUUUAAUCUUCUUUAGGUAGAAAGAAACUUGUAGAUGCUGAUGUGACAGGUUAAACAAAUUAAUAUUUGCUCUUCUAAAUUCUUAUUACUUCAGAAGGUGGACUGGCAUGCUCUGAAGGCUGAAGAGUAAGAUUUAAGGAUGCUUUUUAAGUGUGGCAAUAUAUGGUGCAAAAAUGAAGCAAAUGUUUGAAUUGUCAUUUUUGUAAUGCUUCUGGUGUUUUGGGUAGAAAGUGAUAUAUAAAAAUACUUUGUUGAUGA